GCUUUGUUCAGUUGAUUAGCACACCGUUGGUUUGUAUCACGUAAACAUGCUAUCUCUGCCGUGUUGUGGGUUCUAUUCCUGGCCAGGCAGUCUUCGUAAUAGUGCCACACUCAAGAAACUCUCACUUUGACCAGGAACAAGACGAAGACGUGAUGUUCGAAAAGAGCAUGCUGUCAAGUUGUGAGGACUACAUUGAUGGCGAUCAGACUUCGAUGGCACACUUGCCAGCCUCCAUUGAACAGUACGCGAGUAACUUUCUCGGCACCAACACAUCAUCCUCAUCCUUAUCACCGUCACCGUCGUCAUCGUCAUCAUCAUCGUCAUCAUCAUCAUCAUCAUCAUCCCGUAUUUCCGAGUCGGAGCGGCGGCACGGCGUCAAGGGGAAGGAGGCCACCCAGUUUUCCGAACUUCCCAGAUUGUCACAUGACUCGUCACAUGACCUGUCACGUGACUUAACACAUGACCUGUCACAUGGUUCUCUACCACAGCCGUUACAGCGAAAGUCCUCCUCCUCCUCCUCCUCUGCUGUUGCCCUUGCUGCUGCCACUGCUGUUACCACGGCUACCACCACCACCACCACCACCGCCAACAGAGACUCGGAGCAGAGUUCAGCCAACGAAUACAACGACUGCGAUGACCGACGACGACGACAUCAACAACAACAACAUCACUACCACGAUGAAGAUGACCACCACCACCAACACCAACAACAAGAACAACAACAAACAAGCUGUUUUCAUGAAAGAAUCCCUUCCACCCUGACUCAACAUGCGUCGCAAUUCGAUCCGCAUCGGAGGCACAGCAUCGCGAUUAGCGACGCAAACCGGCGCCUCAAUGGACCGAUCCCUACGGAUACCAUUUCCACCGCUGCCACUACCACCACCACUACCACCACCACCUCCGCUACCACCACCAACAUUGCUGCCAGUUCCACUGGUAACAAUGCCCCCCACCACCACAACAGCAACCACCACCACCACCAUCACCAAGACGACAGUCCCAUAACAACCGGCAGCUUCGAUUCGGUGCUACGCAACUGCCUCUCCUGUACCAGCCUUGUCGACAACCACCACCACCACCACCACCAAAAGUCCUGUGGCGGCUCCGUUGCUUCCUCCUCCGCCUCCUCCUCUUCCUCCUCCCUCUCCUCCUCCGCCUCCCUCGCGUCGCAGCCGAAGCCCAGGCAGUGCUUGCGGCACAACUGCCUCGCGAAGAUGGGCGGCAGCAGCCGGCGGCAGCUUGCACGGCAAACUCUAUGGCAGCUUCGACGCGCCGUCAUACCGCCAGCGACAACAACACCACCACCACCAUCACCACCGAGGCGGCGGCAAUAG